GGAAACUGCAAGCAACGACACAUAAUUGUUCAUUCUGUUGCUUUGCCCCAGCAUGGGCUCUUUGACUUGCAUGUGUCAUUUUCUCUAGGAGAGAGAAGGCUGCCUCUGGCAGCUGAAGAAUGAAGUCCCCUCCUUGCUGCCUGUCCCUUUCUUCAGGAGCAUCUGGAGAGGAGCUGGGUGAGAGCACGUCCUUUGGAUCUGUGGAGUCCAGUGUCUUCUGCAGCGAGGAGGAGCCAGGAACCUUGCUGCGACCGGUGGCCCCAUCCUUGGACUGCAUCACAGUCAAUGUGGGAGGGGCCCGCUUUGUGCUGUCCCAGAAAAAGCUGUGCUGCUACCCGGACACCCGCCUGGGCAAGCUGGCUGUAGUGGUGUCAGCUGCCCGGGACGUUGCCUCCAGCCUCCUGGAUCUCUGCGAUGAUGCCAAUUUGGUAGAGAAUGAAUAUUUCUUUGAUCGGAGCUCUCAGGCAUUUAGUUACAUCCAUAAUUAUUACCAGACGGGCCGGCUGCACGUGAUGGAUCAGCUCUGUGCACUUUCCUUCCUGCAGGAGAUCCAGUAUUGGGGGCUGGAUGAGCUCAGCAUUGACUCUUGCUGCAGGGACAGGUGAGUAAUUGAUGGGGCCAUGGGCCCAAAUCCAGUAGGGCUGGGGAAGGCUUCAGUAGGGCGUUGUAGAUUAAUUAUGCAGUUGGGGAGAGGUGAGGUAAGCACAGAUGAAGGGAAUUAAGAUGAGGUGGUGGCCUGGGUGCCACUGAUGUGGAUUGCUGCCACCUAGGCAAGGCAGCAGCUGGACAGAAAAUUAUGGCAGUGGUUGAGUUUGGUAUUGAAGUAACCCAGUUGCUUGUGUACUUGGAAAGGGGGUGGAAGUUGGGGUUGUGGGGAGCAACUCCAACAGUUUUUUCUAGAAAAAAAAUCACUGGGUAUACUACUACCACUACUACUACUACUACUACUACUACUAAUACUUUAUUAUUUAUACCCCAGCCACUCUGGGUGCUCCCAAUGGAAUAUUAAACAGAAUAAAACUUCAAACAUUAAAAUCUUCCCUGACCAGGGCUGCCUUCAGAUGUCUUCUAAAAGUCAGAUAGUUGUUUAUUUCCUUGACAUCUGGUGGGAGGGCCUUCCACAGGGCAGGCGUCACUACUGAGAAGGCCCUCUGCCUGGUUCCCUGUGACCUCACUUCUUGCAGUGAGGGAACCAUCAGAAGGCCCUCGGAGCUGAACAAUGGGAGUGGAGACACUCAUUCAGGUAUACUGGGCUGAGGCUGGCUAAUGUAACCUUGAAACAGGUUCCUCCUGGGAUUAAAUUAAUGUGUGAUCUAAAGCAAGGACAGCUAGCUUGUGGCAAUCUGGAUGUUGAUGAGCUACAACUCCCAUCAGCCCUGCCAAUUAGCCAUACUGGUUGGAGCUGAUGAGAGUUGUAGUCCAAGACACCUGGAGGGCCACUGGUUAGCCACCCCUGUUUUUAAGGCAGACUUGAUGUGUAGCACGGAGGAGUUGAGGAUGAUUCUAGGUUUGUCCCUUUUGCUGAUCAUCCGGCUUUACAGCUCUGAUGUUCACAAGAGCACACUUUGAAGUCAGUGGCCGCUGUCUUUUUGCAUUUGUAAUUGAAGUUGGUUGUGGUGGUGCACGUGCUGCCACAAGUGUUUGCAUUCAUUUCAGAUGAGGUAUAGUGUCACAUUUUGUGCUUCGCUGCCCUGCACAGGUACUUCAGGAGGAAGGAACUGAGCGAAGCCUUGGAUAUCAAGAAAGAAGCUGAAGCAUUUGAUGCCCAGGAAGAGGAAGAGGACUUCUCCGGGAGCCUCUGCCCCAGAUUCAGGCAGAAGCUUUGGGAGGUAUUGGAAAAACCUGGGUCUUCUGUCGCUGCCAGGACUUUUGGCACCAUCUCCAUGGCCUUUGUCAUCAUCUCUAUUGCCAACAUGGCCCUCAUCUCUGUAGAACUGAGCUGGCUGCCACCACACCUCCUUGACAUCCUGGAGUAUGUGUGUAUUGCCUGGUUCACAGGAGAGUUUGCCCUGCGUUUCCUGUGCGCACAGAAGAAAUUCUACUUCAUACGGAAUAUAGCAAACAUCAUAGACCUGCUGGCCAUUUUGCCCUUCUACAUCACACUGGUAGUGGAGAGCUUGCGUGGCAGACACAGCUCCCAGGAGCUGGAAAACAUGGGACGUAUUGUUCAGGUGUUAAGGCUGCUGAGGGGUCUGCGCAUGCUGAAGUUGGGCCGGCAUUCAACAGGUAAAUCUACAUGGUGUAGGAAACUCUUGGGGAAAUUGAUUAUUUUGUGGUUCUACCUAAGGGGGGUGGCGAUUUUAAGAAACUCAGAUGAGAAGCUGACUUCCAUAUGAGCAGAGGCCCACAACAUGAGACUGGUCCCAUGUUGCAAGCUAAACUUUGUAGCCACCAAACUCCAGACAGACCCUUCCCCCAGAAUCAUUUCCAAGGCAAGCAAGUGACUGUACAUAUCCCAGAUAGGUUUAACAGUCCAUCACUCUUCAUGGGGAACAGGGGUCUCCUAACAACUCUCAGCACAAACUACAGCUCCCAGAAGUCUUUGGGGAAGCCAUAACUGUUUAAAAGUGGUAUCCAGUGCUUUUGUGUGUGUGUAGGGUGUAUGUGUGUGGGUACUCACCAUGAAGUAAGUGCCACACUUUUAACAUUUGGGGGAGGGAAAUGUGCUGGUACUGCCGUACCCUUGAGUACCCCCAGGGAGAGAGAGAAGCACUGGUAGUAUCAUAGUACUUUAAAUAUAUUGUGUGAAUGUGGCCAGAGAGAGGGUAUUUCAUAAUUCCAUUCCUUUCAGUUUAUCGACUUACUCUGUCACCGCAAUGGCUAAUUUCAACAGUGCUUCCUCUGUCAUCUGAUGGACACAGUCCCUUGUCUGAAAGCUGCCUUAAACCAGGUGAUGCUAUCUGCCGAUCUCCCUCAGUAUAGUCUACUUUGCCCAGCAGUGCCUCUCCAGGAUCAAAAGCAGAGGUCUUUCCUGCCAUUUGAUCCUUCUAACAAGAGAUUCUGGGCAUUGAACCAAGGAUCUUUUGCAUGCAAAAGAGAAGCUCUACCACAGAGCUAUGGUACCCUUCCUAGGACCUUCCAUCAUAAGAGUUGGAAGAGACCAUGAGGACCAUCUAGUCCAACCUUUUGCAAUGCUGGAAUUUUUCACCCAACAUGGAGCUUGACCCAUAGCUCUCAGAUUAAGAGUCUCAUGCUCUAGUGCCUUCUUAGCAAGCCUCACUUUCCACAGGAAACUGAAUCUUUUCUGUAUCCCACAAUUGUGGGAGAAUUAAGCAGAGGGGACCAGUUCACCUCAGGGUGACAUCUCCCUCUAGAAAACUAUGUAAAUCUGCCCUGAGGUCCUACAGUUCUGAGAAGCUGAAUAGGCAAAUCUUCAUGAUUUUUAGGUUGCCAGGGUGGGAAGCCUGUGACCCUUCUAGUUGUUGAUGGAGUCCCAUCAGCCUCUGCCAGGGAUGAUGGGAGUUGUAACCCAGCAACAUUUGAAGGGCAACUGGUUCCUCACCCCUAGUCUGAGGCCUAGUUCUUACAAGGAACAAACCUGUUUCUGAACUGCACCAAUAGUAGUAGGGGGCAGCAGGAAUUACAGGACUGAAUUCUCCUUCGUACAACAACAGAAGAAAAAUCCCUACAUGCAGAAAAAUUAACAUGUUAGGAAGAAGACUGGCCUAAAACCUUCGCUGCAGCAUCUAGUUUUCUCUGUUCAGGGAAUUUGACUUGUUUGGGGGUUUUGGUGUGUGUGUGUGUGUGUGAGAGAGAGAGAGAGAGAGAGUAUCCAAUCAUGUUAGCAUCCUGAAGUGGUACAGUCCAGAAAUAAUGUUAUUACCCCAACACAGGUUAAUUGGACCGUCAUGCUAGAAACUCCCUCUAAUCACUUCUCCUAACCUUUUCAUCACCCCCCUAUUAGUGCUAUAUAAGCUAAUUUGGUUGCCUGCCCAUUUCAUUGUCAACAGUGAGUAAACUGGCAAGGGUCAGAGAUGGCUUGCUAGCAGCAUUGCAUUACUAUUCAAAAUAAAACUGGAUUCAUAUCUGCAAACAUUUGCCUAGAAGGGGUUGCCUAUAUGAACACAGCUAUUCUGAAUUUAUAAUAUUCUGUUUGCUUCUUUUAUUCUUGAACAGAUCAGAUUGGAAAGUCAUAGCAGCAAGGCUAUGUUUGCAGCUGAUGGGAUCAAAUGUUGCCUCAGAUGAAUCUGUUGUUGCAACAUGUUCCCCACUUCCUCAAAUGGAGAGAAAUCCCAGAUCAGUUUCCUUUAGUUGGCAGCGCACUGAAGGCUUCAUUUUGUAAUAUAUACAUGGCAGAAGAUAGGGCAACCCCCCCAAAAAAACUGUGCCCCCAUUUUCAUCUGAUUUGGGCUUCCAAAAAAACCUUUCACUUACUUUACCUGUUUUAUUUGCUGAAUGUAUAUAGCUGCUUCAUAAGUUCCAGGAGUCUCAGAAAACAAUGUAAAACUGUUAAAGAUACUGAAACACUCAAUCACAUAUUUAUUUCUCUCACACAUUUCCAGCAUUGCAGCCAACCUCUGGGUAUCUAAUUCAGAAAAGACGCCAGCUUCCAGGAGACAACCUCCUAACAAUAGGUUCAUUAAAUAAACUGAGCAUCAUUGAACUGUUAACAAAGCAGUGGCCUUCUAGCUUCUGUAAUUUCUUUUAUUUUCAGAAUCAUUCCAGUUUGUAACAUAUUGCAGGAAGAAAGAGAGAGGAAAGAAACUUUUAUGUCCAUAUAACAUAUGUGAUCUAUGUUAGUCACGGGUGCCAUGAAAGAUAAGAGAGUCAUCUUUCCUUGCUGGUCCCUUGGAAUCAGUUUUUACUCAUCAUAGGAGGUGAGGUGAGAAUUUAUUUAAAGAGACAAUGAGGAAUAAUGAGAUUGAGUAAGGGCAGAAGAAACUUGCUGGUAUCCAAGCCGGGGCAAAAUGGCAAUGAACUCUUAUGGUGAGGACUUCUACCCACAAUGCAUCCUGGUGUUCCAUGUAUUGUGUUAGAACAUGAUACCACUCCUGCAGGCAAGUUAUACUUGCUACUCCACCAGACUAGCAUAAGUUACAGAAAGUGCUAACUUGACACAUCUUGACACUACGGCAUAUUGUUUUUAUGUCAUAUCUUCCAUACAUAGACUGAUGGAUCACCAGCUCUUUAAUUGUUCCAUCUUUGAAGAAACUUGGAGAAGGCUUGAGAUGGAAAACAGUUGUCAGGGCUGCCUCAGGUCUCAGCUCACAAAAGACCAACGCCAAUCUCUUCUUAUAUACAAAAGUGUUUAUUGUAGUUCAUUGUUUGCUUCACAUCCGAGGCGCGCAGCCCCACGUCUGUUACGCUUAGACCGUUGAAGUCCCCUCUGAGUCAGUCCCUCCCCUGCACCAGUUUAAGAGCCUUGCGCUGCUCCACCUCUUCCUCUUUUCUUUUCCGCAGGGUCUUCCUGCCCGCUGGGGUUUCGCCCCUCCUGGAUUCCCCUGACGCAGAAUCCCCAGAUUGCUCUUCCCCCCUCCUGCGGGCUUUGGGACCUGGCCCCUCCUCCGGGCUCCCUGUACUUCCGCGCGCCUCUACAUUUGAACUUGGCGCGCGCGCCCAACCUCUAACCUUCCUUUUGACAGUUACACUACUCCCUUCACUACUCCCCCCCCUUCCGGGAGGGUGGCUUGCUCCGACCUCCCUCCCUUCUCUGCUGCCGGAGCUGCUUCCCCUGAUACACUGGAACCUCCACCCCUUCGCUGCACUCUGGCGGGAGGCUGGUCCUGACGCCCAGCUGCCACUUUGGGAUCCCCCGCUGGCCCCUUGCUCCUGACACGGUCCCCCUGGGGCUCCCCUGGCCUUGACCACCGGUGCCCCCUUCUGGGAAUCCUCUGAUUCGCUGGAAAGACUCAUGGAAUCUCUUGAGUCAUUGUCAUCCUCUUCCUUGCUGUCCUGGGAUUCAUCCCCAUCGCUCUCCAUCUCCUGCCUAUCCUGUGCCUCUGUCCCUGAACCCCUGACAACAGUCAAUUUUUAUUUUAAACAACUGAAAUGUGCCAUUAAAAUGGCAUUCACAAGAGACAUAAAUUAGGUGCUAUGCAUUGCAAGCCUGUUUGUGCUUGGAAGAAACCCCAUCAAGUUCAAUGGGACUAACUCCCAGAUGUCUGUAUAGGACUUCAGCCUAAAAAUAUGAGGGUUGAGGCUGUUUUUACACAUGCAUGUACAUAAAUUGCAGCUGUGUGGAGUACCUCAAUCAAACAGAAUCUUGUUUUGAUGUGAGGCUAGUUGAUAUGAAAGGGUUUUUUUGGGGAGGAGGGGCCAGGGCUGGUGAUAAUAAAGCUAUAGUCCUGAGCUCAUACAGUUGGCAGUUAUCCUCCUCUAAAAUUCAUUAUUUCAUAUACAUUUAGUAUUGAGGUACAGUAGAUGAAUGUCAGCUCUUGCAUGCAGGAAAUGAUUCUCAAGUACAAAAUUUGGAGAGAUGACUGGGUAAGCAGUAUCACUUACUUAAGGACUUCAGCAGAACUCAGAUGGAUCCUGAGUCAACAAACUAAAUAUGAGCCAACAGCGUGAUGCUGCUUUAAAAGGGCAAAUGCUAAUAUGGGUUACACAGAAGUACUGCAUCCAAGGCAUGGGAAGAAAUUGUUCUACUCUACUGAGUGCUGGUUGAUUCCCAGCUACAUAAGGAUACUGAAUAUGUUUUGUUUUGGUUUUAACCAUUAAGGGAGAAUAGCCGGGCUGACUUUGUUGGAAGAAGUGUUCCAUUCAUUCAGACCCCAUGUCCAACCUCUCCAAAAGCAUUUUCCUUCCUCUUUUGCUAUAUUGGGCCUCCUCCCCUAAUAAAUACUGGGUGAAAUGAGAGCACUUUUUCAACCCAAAGGCUGUAUCCUCUCCUGAGGACCACAUGCCAGUGGUGGGUGGGACCAGAGGCAAAAGUGGGUGGAUAAAUAAAUGCAGAUGUUACCUUUGUACAGUAGGCUAGUUUCUGCAUGCACACCUCUCUGUCCUCCAUCCAGGCAAGCAAGCAAGUGGCUUGAUCAGAAGUCAAGGAUACAUUCUAGCCAUGGAAAAGCAUGCAAAGCAAGGACACUGAGGGUCUAGCCAGGAAAGGAGGCUUGUGCCCUAGGGAGAGUUUUGAGGGCCCAAUAGAAAGACCUAGAGAGCCACAUUUGGCCUCUGAGCCACCUCAGACCUAAGGAAGUAUUUGUACCAUUUGUUCUCCCUUUCCAAGUGGGCUUUAGUUCAACCUCUGCUGCUCAGAAGGCAGGAGCUCACAUGACCACAGCUUUGCUCAAGGCCUCUCUAUCCCACUCCAUUACUGGUCCUGUUUAGCUUGUCUUACUAUUGCCCUUGCAGCAGGGAGGAGAAUGGGGACAAAACUAGAAUUAUGGGGCUCAGCUGUCAUUGAUGCAGGUUCCACCUGCCAUUGGCAUCCCAGCCAUCCACCCUACAAGUCCAAGGGGCAUCAGGCUUCAGGGAAUCUGAUCCCUCCCAUGGUGGCAGCCAAGAACCAGAUAAACAAAAAAUGUUUCUUACCAAGUAAUUUAUUCACUAUGCACAGAGAUAGCUGAAGGAAUGCAUUCUAACUAGGAUAAUGUCAUUGCUCCAAGUAAAGUCCACUCCCUCCGUUUCUUCUAUUGUAUGUCACACCUAAUGUGAGCUUUCUGCCUCUGAGCUUUCUGUUCUACUACCUUCAGUGCACGCCUGGUCCUGGGAGAGGGAAAGUCAGGAAUGCUUUCCAAAGACACUGAGUCUGUCAGUGGUCUCUCCCCUGGUGCUGCUUCUUCCUGCUGUUCCUCUCCCAAUAUUUCCCAGCUUCUCCCCUCUGCAGUCUCUGAACUAUGCCCUUCUGCAAACCACUGUUCUAAAUCUAUACAGUCCUCCUGUUCUUGGGAAGGUUCAGGAGAAUGGGGGGUGGUCUCCUCAGUCCAGCCCCUGAGAAGGGGGCACCAGCCACCACUGAUAGAGGCUGUGACCUGAACUGAAAUCCUCUAUUGCGUUGCAGGUUUGCGGUCCCUGGGCAUGACCAUUGCCCAGUGCUAUGAAGAGGUCGGCAUGCUCCUGCUUUUCCUCUCUGUGGGCAUCUCCAUCUUCUCCACCAUGGAGUUCUUUGUCGAGCAAGGUGUCCAUGGCACAACCUUCACAAGUGUGCCCUGUGCCUGGUGGUGGGCUACGACAUCCAUGACGACAGUUGGCUACGGAGACAUUAGGCCGGACACAACCAUCGGCAAGAUAGUGGCGUUCGUGUGUAUAUUGUCGGGAAUUCUCGUUCUGGCUUUGCCGAUAGCCAUCAUCAAUGACCGCUUUUCUGCCUGUUACUUCACGCUGAAGAUAAAGGAAGCUGCUCUCCGACAGCGUGAAGCCUUAAAGAAGCUCACAAAGAACAUGUCCAGCGAUUGCACCGUCAAUGUUAAUUUGCGCGACGUCUAUGCUCGAAGUGUCAUGGAUGUGCUGAGGCUAAAAGGCCGGGACAGAACAAGCACUAGGAGCAGUGGUGGUGAUGAGUUUUGGUUUUGAUUUCUUUAAAAAACAAAACAGCAUAAGGCAGGGGUAGCCAAUGUCGUACUGUCCAGAUAUUGUUAGACUACAACACCCAUCAUUUUAUUUCCAUUGGCAAUGUUUGCUGGGACUGAUGGGAGUUGUAAUCCAACAACUUCUAGAGAACACUACACUGUUUAAAAUGUGUGUCUAAUGUUUCAUCAGCCUUGAGAAUAAAUGCUGUGUUGAAUACGAGGCUAACAAUUGUUUCAUGUUCUCCCCUAUUAAAUUUCCCUUUCCAGGUUUCUGAGCAUAUGACAAUAAUUACCCUAACCCAAAGGCUUAUUAAAAGCAAAAACACUCAGGUUAUACUGACUCUUACCAUUUAGACCAUUCAUUAGAAUAAAAUGGCGGAUUCAUCUACAUAAAACAAUGUUUCGGUUAUUUGGUAAUAGUUCUUAUGCUUGCUUUAAUAUGAAAAAAUAAAGUGUUAGCAAAAUGAAA